UCUCUCAAAAUGCUUUCAUUGAUAUUUAUUAUAUUUUUCACUCCAGAAUGACAAUCUGCAUGAGCAGAGUUGCGAAGCUGUAUAAAUAUGUGCAAUUCGAAAGGUCAAAUAAUGUUACAUAUAUUUACUCCAAAUGUGCCUCAAUUAAUUGUCGUUCUCAAAGUGUCGUAUGUAUGAGAUUCACAUUCGAAUAGUAUUCAAUAGAAUUACAUAUCGCUUAUUCAUAUAUUGAUAUUGGCGACAAUGUGGUGUUUCAAGCAGAACAGUUGUGACGUGGCGGCUCUAUAGUUUUUUUAUUCAGUUAAACUAUUGUUAGACAACUAUUCGUGAUUGAUUGUCACAAUUUGAAUGCAUAAUACACUCACGACCGGAAAUCCCCAACAUUUUGGGUAAUGUUUUCAAAGUCGCCUUGCGUGAAAGUCGCCCAACAAAAUAUUUUCAUACUAAUGUUACACUCUCUCUUUCACACCUAUCGUAUACAAAAUCCAAAUAUGUACGUAGUUCGUAAAAUAAAUUAAACAACUCGUUUAGCUAUCCACCAUGGGCUGCAUACAUUUUUAUAUUUUACUUUUAAUAAUUAUUUCCCACAUUUUUCGGACAAUGAGCUACCGAGCAUUUCGACAUAAGACUGAAGUUGAAGCUUUCUGCAGCCAGAAGGUGCACUUUAUUGUCAAUCCAAGUUUCACGUGCUGCAACAUGUCUGUUGUUGAACCUGGCAUCAAUCUCCUUGAGAAAUGGGAUACGUGCACCUCGGAGGGAUCUAUGCAGGAUGAUGACGUGAAUAAUGCUUACCAAGCAGCAUGGAAAGUGUACUCUUGCAUUAUACAAACGAGAAAUGGAGGGGAAAGCAAGAUUACUCUAAGCAAAUUUGCCAACUUGAUGUCAGCCAAAUAUCCAGCAGAGAUCCAAGCUAAAAUAAUGGAACAAGUUGCAUCUGUCGAAGCACUGAGCACCGAUGUUUCCGAGUUUGAUCAACUAAACAAGUUACGUAGGACUUAUUUCGACAUCGAACUGCAAGUUUGUAGUGAAACAGUCUCAGAUCCGAGGAGCAGCAGCAGCAGAAGGGAUUAUGGACAGGAUGGUGGUAGUUGUGAACCUUGGGAAGAAGAAAUUCAUCGUGGAGGACGAUGUUGUGAGAAUAGUUCAUUUCCAUUCGAAAUCGGUCUUAACUCUCUCAUGGACACAGCUCCAAAGACUGACUUGUGCCUGAAACAGUUGCAAAGCACUGUGUUCACAAAGUUGUCGCGUAACUUGUCUUGGGCCAUGGAAAAUGCAAUAGCUAAUAUUUGUGACUUAUCAUGCGAGUUGAUGGAGAGGAGUGUUUUGCAGCCAAGUGAACUUCAGGAUGAAGAUUUGUUUGGCAUUGACUUUCAGCAAAUUGCUUCCCUGUUGACUCCAACCUGGUUGUUGCCGACACAGGUUCAAGAUGAUAGUGUUGCUUUCGCCAUGCAAGCGUUUUCAUUGAACGAUACUAUUGAAAGAAUCAGGUCCUUUGAAUUUGCUGAUGUUAAAGAAACCAAAAUCUUUGAGGACAAUGGUGAAGAGAGUGGAGUGGUAUUGGAGUCUACAAUACAGACGAUCCCGGACUCACUUGUACAUAUUCCCAUCAUUUGCUCCGCACACAAUGAGAUUUUGGCUUACAUCGAGCUCUUUCUCUACUCUGAGAAGAGCUGCAAUGAUGGUUCAUGAUUACGUAUUGCCGUCCUUGAAGGAAGUGAAGAUUUUUCUGGAUAAUCAGAAUGUAUUUGCUAUUAAAUCUAAAAAUAUCAAUUUGACAAAAUUAAUAAUUUGAGAAUGCUAACGUUUUAAUUUCUUGGACAUGCUACAUAUUCGUAAAUACAUAUAUAUGUACAUAUA